AUGCAUGAUUCACUGAUUUGUCCCAUUACCUUCGAUCUCUUUCGAGAUCCUGUCGUGGGUGAAGAUGGCCAUACCUAUGAACGUGAAGCUAUCACCAAGUGGAUCCGUGAACACGGUACAAGUCCAUUGACAAGAGAACCUCUAACCGUUGAAGCACUACGCCCUAAUCGUACAUUGAAGAAAUUAGUCGAUGAAUUUGAAACUGCAAGUCGUUCUAAGCAUUUUCAAUUUAAAUUAGGAGUUGAUGUCAAGACAAAGUCACAUCGUGCACUCUUUCAGACAUUUGGUAAAGCAAUCUAUGAGGCUGAAUGGUUAAAAGAUAAUGAUAGUCGGCCGCGAAUUGUGUUACUGAAGAUCGAUGGAGCACGUGCUAAGAAGGAGGCGUCAUUUUAUGUUGAUUUAACUCGUCAUCCGAACAUUGUAAGAACUUUUGGUUUGGUACAUAGUGGCGAUAACGACGAUGACGAUGCACAAAACUCUGUGACGUUGCUGCAAGAACUUGCACCAGAAGGAAGUUUGUACGAAGUGUUACAACAUAUUGGUCUGAAUGAAAACAUUUUACAAGCUAUGUUUCUACAAAUCACGGACGCUAUGAUCUUUUUAGCUCACAACGGAAUCAUUCACGGUGAUUUAGCAUGUCGUAAUGUUUUAGUCUUUCGAUUAGACAAACAGGAACCACACAAGAACAUUGUGAAACUAACAGAUUUUGGAAUUAGUCGUCAUAGUAAACUCUAUGCACCAACAAAUAGUGUUGCCAGAACGACAAUCAAUAUUGUUCCAACGCGAUAUGCAGCGCCAGAAGUGUUAGCAAAUGAACAAUAUUCUGAAAAGUCAGACGUUUAUUCAAUGGGUGUGUUGAUGUGGGAAGCGUAUUCUAAAGGAAAGAUACCCUGGUCACAGAGUAAUUCUGAUAAUGAAGUGAAACGACAGGUGACACAGGGCGAGAAAUUACAGAAACCGAAUAAUUGUUCGACUCAAAUGUGGUCUGUGAUUGAAAGCUGUUUUAUAUUAUCGCUAUGUCUACGGACGUCCCGCCUUGAUCCUUCUUGA